AUGGCUUCCGUCUACCUUUUGGCCCUUUUGCUCUGCGGUGUGGCCUCAAUUGAUGCCUCCACGUCCACUCCCGUCAUAGAAUGGGACAAAUUCGACUUCCUGUGGCCGUCAGAGCAGAGAAAUCAAGAUAAUAAUCCAGCAAACAUCCAACCCAACUUCAUGGCAGUGUUUGGUAAGAGGCUGUUCCUCAGUCUCCAACGAGCGAGUGGAAUUUCCGCUACCCUGGCGUGGCUGCCAGUCUCCAACAACGCAUCUUCGAGACUUCAACCCUUUCCUUCCUGGAAUUUGCACGAUUACGGGAAUUGCAACAGAAUUCAAACGGCUAGAGGUUUGGAGGUUGAUCCGUUCGGGCGGCUGUGGUUGUUGGACGACGGCAGCACCACUUGUCCAGCCACCCUCUGGAUUUUCAACCUGAUCACCAACGACACAAUCGAGCUCGUCCACACAUUUCCUGACGCAAUCGUCUCUCGUGAUUUCGGCAAAAGGCUCCUGCACGAUUUGGUGGUGCGAGAUUCCGUGGCGUACAUCACCGACGUCCAUUCCAAGCACCUCGUCGUCUUCAGUCUGGAGACGAAAGAAUCGUGGUCGGUUGAGACGCAGGGAAAGAAGUUUAGAGCCAUCGCCCUGGCUGCAGAGAGUAAUCUCUUGUACCUCGCGAGACACAACUCGAGGGAAUUGUAUUCGGUGGCUCAGUUCAGGGCCAAGGAACGAAACACAACCCUAAAUCUGGUUGGCUCCUGGAAAGCUGAGCCCUACCGGAUGGUAAUUGACAGUGAAAACGUCUUGUUUGCCGCCUUUUAUGACCGGAACUACAUCUCAACCUGGAAUGUCACAGAACAAUUCAAAGAACGUCGACUCAGUGAGGAGUUCGGAAUAUUUAGUGGUCAAAGGAGUCUGUUUUGUUUUGCCUUGGACUCGUUUGGAACUUUUUGGACGUUGAUAGACCACGGAGAAAAUAUGAAGCCAAGGUUUCAAUUGCAGAUGGUUGCAGAAAGGAAUAUAUCAGGACCAGAACGAUACGUAAGUUCGGAUAGGACCCCAAACAAAAGCCCCAGUAAGGAUCAAGAAUUCCAGAAACCAGUCGUUGAGGUUGCGGCCUGCCUUGCCGAAGAUUAUCAUCAGAGCCGAUUUUUAAACCUGAUCUUGAUUUGCUCGAACGUCUUCACCUUUUUUGCGAUGGGAGCCGUCAUUGUGUGGCUCCUGCUGAAAAGGAAAAACUCAAAGCGCCCGGAGACGACGAACACGGCCGUGGAAAGGCAGCAAGUUUUCGUGCUGUACGACGAAAUCGUCAAACCUGUGCCUUGGAACCCAGCGGAUUACGGAUAUGUGACCGCUAAUAAUGUUCUUCCUCCGAGGCUGUUCGAGCGACCCAGAGAGUACGAGGAAAUUGGCCUAGUCAAUCCGGAGCCUGUGUACAAUGAAAUCAGGCCACACAAUGUGCUCAUGGAUUCGCCAACUUACCUGAAACUCUUCCCCGAAUAACGGUUU